AUGUCGAACAAGGAGGAUAGAUUUCGUUUGGGUAUUGCAACAUCAGAUUCUAUCUCCGCUAGGCCUACAAAGAAAACAAAACAAUCACUUUGCGACAAUUCUUUGCUUUUUGACUACAGAAAAGGAUGGUUGAGGGUUGAUAAAUACAAAUAUCUGCAUGAAAGUCUUAUAAACGGGGAUGUAGAUGCUGCAAGGCUUGGCAAAAGAAUCAUUCUUUUCAGUACUUUUACUGGUGGACCUAGAUAUGCAGGAUAUCCUAGCUAUUUUAUCACCAUGACUUGUAACCCUGAAUGGGAUGAGAUAAAAAGAGAAGUGACUUCCAUUGGAUUGAAGGCAGAAGACCGUCUUGAUAUAUUGCGUCGAGUUUUCAAGAUCAAGCUUGAUGGUUUGAUUGAUGACCUAAAAGAGGGAAAAAUCUUUGGCAAAAUUUUGGGAUAUGACAUAGACAAACAUAUAACAGCUGAGAUUCCUGAUGAAAAUGAAAGGCCAAAUCUACAUGGAGCUGUUCAAAAUUACAUGGUACAUGGUCCAUGUGGUCCGUACAACAAGAAUUCACCUUGCAUGAAGAAUGGAUCCUGUUCAAAGUUAUAUCCUAAAGAGUUUAGACAGCGAACACUCAUUGAUGAGGCCGAAUUUCCCAAAUAUAGGCAUACUGAUAACGGUCGAACAAUGAAGAAAAGGGAAUGUGUACUAGACAAUAAGUUCAUUGUUCCAUAUAAUCCAGAAUUGUUGCUCAAGUUCGGGUGCCACAUAAAUGUGGAAUACACAUGCCGAACAAGUUCUAUUAAGUAUCUGUUUAAGUAUGUACACAAGAGUAAUGACCGCAUAACAGCUACUCUAUACAAUGCUGGUGAUCUGUCAAAAGCCACACAAGUUGUUGACAAAAUUAGGAAUUACUAUGAUUGUAGGUACAUUUCGGCAUGUGAGGCAGUCUGGCGUCUAUUUGGAUACGAAAUCCAAGAGAAAAAACCGUUUGUGAUUAGACUUUCAUUCCUUUUGGAGGAUGAGCAACCUGUGGUUUAUGGUGAAACUUCUAAUGUGAAUGAUAUCGUCGAAAGAGCAAUAUCUCAUAAGUCAAUGUUUUUGGGAUGGAUGGCGGCGAACAUGUCAUAUCCCUAUGCUCGAAGUCUGAUUUAUGCUGAGUUUCCAACCAAGUUUGUUUGGAAGGACGAUUCUUCAAAGUGGUUUCCUCGAAAAAAAGGCUUCAAAAUUGGAAGGUUGACUCAUGUACCUACAGCAAAUACCGAAGAAUAUUACCAACGACUUCUCUUGAAUACUCAAAGAGGACGUAUGAGUUUUCGAGAUAUAAGAACAGUAGGAGGAACAAUUUAUGCUACGUAUAGAGAUGCAUGCUUCGCCCUUGGACUCUUGCAAGAUGACAAAGAAUUCAUUGAUGCAAUUAAGGAAGCAAGCUCAUGGGCCUCAGGAUCAUAUGUUAGGAGGUUAUUUGUCAUUCUAUUAACAUCCAACAAUAUCUUAAGACCAGAACAUGUCUGGGAUAGAUGUUGGCAUGAACUCUCAGAGGAUAUUUUGUAUCGACAGAGAGCCGUGAUGAACAUGAGGGAGUUAACAAUGUCAGAUGAUGAGAUUAAGCAGUUGUGCUUAAUGGAUAUAGACAAGAUUUUACAUUCCUAUGGUAAAACCUUGAAAGACUAUCCUCCUAUGCCUUUAGCAACUGAAGUUGAUAGUUCUUUGUUAAGCGAAAGGGUUAUUAGGGAAGAGCUAAACUUUAACAGGGAUGAUUUAAAGAAAAAUACCUCAGACAUGUUAGCCAUCGCAACACCUGAGCAAAGAUAUGCAUUCGAUAAAAUUGUUACAGCUGUGUAUUGUGAUGAAAGGGUUUUUUUCUUUGUGUAUGGUCAUGGGAUUCGCUCAAGGGGUGAUAUAGUGUUAAACGUUACCUCGAGUGGUAUUGCAUCUUUACUUCUUCCCAAUGGAAGAACGGCACACUCAAGGUUCAAAAUACCACUAAAUAUAACUGAGGAUUCUGUAUGUAACAUAAAACCUGGUUCCCCUCAAGCAAUGUUGCUGUUGAAAGCCAAACUUAUAAUUUGGGAUGAGGCUCCAAUGGUUAGUAGGUACUGCUAUAAAGCGCUUGAUAAAUGCUUAGGUGAUAUCAUGAGGUGUUCUCCAACAUAUAGCAAAGAUUUGUCGUUUGGAGGAAAAGUGGUUGUAUUAGGUGGAGACUUUAGACAAAUUCUUCCUGUCAUUCUACGAGGAUCGAGACAAGAUAUCGUUCAUUCAACCGUGAAUUUGUCUUACCUUUGGAAGUUUUGUCAGGUGCUCAAACUAACAAAAAACAUGAGACUCUCUGUAAGGACGACUGCUUCAGAUCAAGAUGCGACAGAGCAAUUUGGUGAGUGGUUAUUGAAAGUUGGUGAUGGUCUAAUAGGUGACAAUAUGGAUGGUGAAUCUGAGAUAUGUCUUCCAGGAGAUAUUGUUAUUCCUUCUUUGGACCAGGCAUUUGAUGAGUUGGUUUAUUUUUCUUAUCAAAUAUUUUGGAAAACAUGUCCUCAAAGAUUUUUCAAAGCAAGAACUAUACUGGCUCCCAUACUAGACAUCGUUGAAGAGGUCAACAACCAUCUAAUGGCUAUCAUUCCUGGAGGGAAAAAAUUAUAUCUUAGUUCGGAUUCCAUUUGUAUGGAUGAAGGGAAUACGGAGAGUCAACUAGAUCUCUAUGGUCUUGAAUUACUGAAUAGCAUAAAUUACUCUGGUUUGCCUCCACAUAAAUUAAUACUCAAGGUUGGUGUUCCGCUGAUGUUAUUGAGGAAUAUUGACCAAUUCAGUGGUCUUUGUAAUGGUACAAGGCUACAAGUUAGGAAGCUUGAAAAUCAUGUCAUAGAAUGUGAAGUCUUAAUGGGUAACAAUGUUGGUCAUAUUGCUUUGAUUCCAAGAAUGAAUAUGGUACCGAUAAAUGAAACCGUCCCAGUUAGAUUCCAACGAAGACAUUUUCCCAUAAUAGUAUCAUUUGCCAUGAUAAUUAAUAAGUCUCAAGGACAAACUUUAUCUCAUUACUUGCCCAAACCAGUUUUUACACAUGGCAAACUAUAUGUGGCACUUUCAAGAGUUAAGAGUAAGAGAUGUUUAAAAGUUUUACUUAUGAAUCACGUAGAAAUGUUUGCAAAUUCAACCAUCAAUGUUGUUUAUAGAGAAGUCUUUGAAAAAAUAGUAUUCUAA